CGGGGCCGCGCUCCGCUCCGCGCAGGCGCCGGUGAGGCCGUGGCCGCAAGCGCCCAUCCCUUCUCCACCGUUCCUGCCUGCCACCGGUGGGUCUCCGGCACUGCACAGCCAUGACGACCUCGGCGCUGCGCCGGCAGGUGAAAAACAUCGUGCACAACUACUCGGAGGCAGAGAUCAAGGUGCGGGAGGCCACCUCCAAUGAUCCCUGGGGACCCCCCAGCUCCCUGAUGUCGGAAAUUGCCGACCUCACCUUCAACACGGUGGCCUUCGCUGAGGUCAUGGGCAUGAUCUGGCGGCGGCUGAACGACAGCGGCAAGAACUGGCGUCACGUCUACAAAGCCCUCACCCUCCUGGACUACCUCAUCAAAACCGGCUCCGAGAAGGUGACCCACCAGUGCCGGGAGAACCUCUACACCAUCCAGACGCUGAAAGACUUCCAGUACGUGGACCGCGAUGGCAAGGACCAGGGCAUCAACAUCCGAGAGAAGGUGAAGCAGGUGAUGGCGCUGCUGAAAGACGAGGAGCGGCUGAAGCAGGAGCGGGCGCACGCGCUGCAGACCAAGGAGCGCAUGGCCCUCGAGGGCAUGGGCAGCGGCAGCCACCAGGUCGCCUACGGCCGCCGUGCAUCACCCUACGGCGACGACUACGGCCGGGCGCGGGGCUCACCCUCCUCCUUUAACUCAUCAUCCUCGUCCCCACGGUUCGCCUCUGACCUUGAGCAAGCGAGGCCCCAGACGACAGGCGAGGAGGAGCUGCAGCUGCAGCUUGCGCUGGCCAUGAGUCGGGAGGAGGCGGAGAAGAAGCCACUUCCUCCAAUUUCCAGUACAGAUGAAGAAAGGCAAUUGCAGCUAGCGCUCGCGCUGAGCAAAGAGGAGCAUGAGAAGGAGGUGAGGGCUUGGCAAGGGGAGAACUCCCUGCUGCAGAGAGCCACGGAGGAGACUGCCCAGGGCAGGGAGGAAGAGGAGGAAGAAGAUAAGAUGAAGAAAAGCCAGUCCUCUAUCCUGGAGCUGGCAGAUAUAUUCGGGCCGGCGCCAGCCCCCUCCAGCCACACGUCUGCCGACCCGUGGGAUAUGCCAGAUAUGAAACCCAAAGUGGAGCCAGCAGCCUCUGCCUGGGCCGGCGCAGCUGACCCCUGGGUGCCGGUCCCAGCUGCCAGCGGGGAGCCCCUCUCCCAGGCCAGCGCCUCAUCCCAGCAAACCUCUGCCGGGCCCUGGGAUUUCCCCCCAGCACCACUGCAGCCUCCGACCCUUGGGGGGAAGGCACCCCUGUCUUCUGGAUUCCCUCCUGCGGACCCCUGGGUGACGGCAUCGCCCCCCGCCCAGGUCUCUGGUUCUACGCCAGCUGCCGACCCUUGCGCCGUCGCUGAGCAACCUCCUAACUCUGCUCCAGGGGGGGACGCUUUCGACCUGUUUGCAAAGCCGCCCGAGCCAGCCGAGCCGCCGGAGCAGGAGCCCUCGCAGCCGCCCUCCUCCGCCAAGUCCAACAGUCCCAUCGAGCUGGACCCCUUCGGUGACCUGUUCCCCAGCAGCAGGCAGGACGGGGCGAAGAGCUUCGACCUCACCAACCUGGCUGACUCUCUGCCCGAAUCCGGCAAGGAGCGGAAGGACUGUAAAACCCCCGAGGCCUUCCUCGGCCCCGCCGCCUCCUCCCUGGUCAACCUGGACUCCCUGGUCGCGCCUGCACCGGCCUCCAAGACUCGCAACCCCUUUCUCUCGGGUCUGAGCACGCCGUCCCCCACCAACCCCUUCAGCCUCGCUGAGCAGCCCAAGCCGACGCUCAACCAGAUGCGGACCAGCUCGCCGGUGCCCGGCUUGCCCGCGGGCCUCCCCGCCAACUCCAUGACCUACAGCGCGUCCCUGCCGCUGCCCCUCAGCAGCGUCCCCUCCGCCGCCGCCACCGCCCUCCCUGCCUCCGCCAGUGCCUUCCCCCAGGCUGGCGCCUUCCCCGAACUCCCCAGCAAUUUGCCGCAGCCUUUACUGCCGCUGAGCGGCCCCCCAGCCCCGCCGUCCGCUCCGGGGGGGCUCAACCCCUUCCUCUGAACCCUCUGGACGUGUAGACUCUCGCCCCUUCCCUGGCUGUUACAGACCCCCCUGGCCUUUCCUCCUGCCAAGACCUUGGGGGGCCGGUGGUUCG